ACUGAUAACGUGAAAUUUCAUUAUCGUUCUGGCAUGUAAACAUCCGCAAUACAUUUUCUUGGGUUUUGGGACAAAAGCAGGUUUGUCUGUGAAGAAACAGUCUUUCAACAAAUUAUUAGUGAACGUUCGCGAAAUUCUACCUGCAAGAACCAUUCAUUCUCUUCCAACUCAACAAAAUGAAGUUCUCUGCUAUUGCUCUACUCGUGGCCAUUGCAGCCUUCGGAAUAUAUUUUGAUGUUGGAGGUGCUCAAGAUCCUGGCUUAGCAGCUGCUGGAGGAGACCCUUCAAUGGCAGGAGGAGCAGGAGGAGCACCUCCAAUGGAUCCCUCAGCAGCAGCAGCAGCAGGUGGUGCUCCUCCUGCGGCACCUCCUCCUGCAGCAGCUCCUGCAGCAGCUCCUGCUGGAACACCUCCUGCAGAUGGGGGAUCAGAUGCGAAGGACGGGGAGGAAUCAAACACUAACAGUGAAAUAAUAGCAGGGCUGGGAGGGGCACUAGUAGGAGGAGGAGUUGUAGGAGGAGUCAUGCAUUUUAGAAAUAAAAAAAAGCUUAAGAAACUAACAGAGCAGGGGCCAUACGGACCGAAUGGAUAUGGAGCAGGUCCAGGAGGAAAUCCUGGAGGGCCUCCACCGUAUCAAAACGGACCUCCUGGAGGACCUCAAUCGUAUAAUAACGGACCCAAUGGAGGAAAUCAAAACUAUAAUAACAAUGGUGGAAAUAACAAUUAUAAUAAUAAUCAAAAUAAUGGAAAUAAUCAAUAUAGUGGAAAUAAUGGAGGUUCUAAUAAUAAUAAUUAUGGUCAAUCUAAUAAUGGUGGAAAUAAUGACUUUAAUGGAAACAGUCAAAAUAAUCAAUUUUCUGAAAAUCCUAUGCAAGAUGAAUAUGGUGAAAGUCUUGGACAGAAUGAAAGUCCUGAAGCUGGACUUGCUUCACAUCCUGGACUUUCGGAACCUGGUGUAACUCCUGGUCAAUCUCAAUAUGCGCCACAACCUGCACCAGCUGUACAGGGCGCAGUCCCUGGACAAGCUGUACAUCCUACAACUGCUGAACAUCCCGGACUUGGUCCAAACACUGAACAUCCUGGACUUCCUCCAACUUCUGGACUAGCUGGACAAGGAGCACAUCCUGGACUAGCUGGACAAGGAGCACAUCCUGGACUAGCUGGACAAGGAGCACAUCCUGGACUAGCUGAACAUCCUACAAGUGCUGCUCAAGCUGAACAUCCUGCAACUACUGCACAUGCUGAACAUCCUACACCCACUGCACUGGGUGAACAUGCUGCUGAACAUGAAAAAGCUGCUGGACCAGGCAUACUUCCUGGACAAGCUGGAAAACCUGCAACUACUGCACAGGCUGAACAUCCUCCAGUUACUACCACUACUUCUGGAAAAGGUGAAAAUGGUGAACAUUAUACAACUACUACUGUACAUACACCAGCUACAGGGGGCAAGGAUGCUGCAAAUGUAGUUGUUGUACAUUCUGUUCAUCAUAUACACAAUUAUCCACCUGUAAAAGAACCAAUGCGUGAACCUCCUAAAGAAAGUAAGCCAAAUGGAAAUGACGGAUCUGAUAAACCUAAAGAUAAUAAAUUACACGAACAACAGCAAGGACAUGAGCAUAAAGAAAACGAGCAUAAAAGUACAAUUGGAUCUGAUACACAUAAAAAUGAUACAUCAAUUGAUCAUCAUAAAAAAGAUGGGCAUAAAGAAAAUGGUCAUGCAAAUGGACCUGGUCAUCAUGAAAAUGAGAAUCAUAAAAAAUAUGGACAUAAAGAAAAUGGUCAUGCAAAUGCAUCUGGUCAUCAUGAAAAUGAUCAUCAUAAAAAGGAUGGACAUAAAGAAAAUGAUCAUCAUAAAAAAGAUGGGCAUAAAGAAAAUGAACAUGCAAAUGGAUCUGGUCAUCAUGAAAAUGAUCAUCAUAAAAAAGAUGGACAUAAAGAAAAUGAUCAUCAUAAAAAAGAUGGACAUAAAGAUAAUGAGCAUCCGAAUGGAUCUGGUCAUCAUGAAAAUGAUCAUCAUAAAAAAGAUGGCCAUAAAGAAAAUGAGCAUGCAAAUGCAUCUGGUCAUCAUGAAACUGAAAAUGAUCGUAAAAAAAAGGGGCAUAUGGAAAAUGAUCAUUCAAGUACAUCUGAUAAUGAGGGAUCUGAUCAUCAUGAAUAUAAUCAUGUGAAUAUGGGAUCUAAUGUUGCAAGUACAUCUGGAGCUAAUGUUGCAAGUACAUCUGGAUCUAAUGUUGCAAGUACAUCUGGAUCUAAUGUUGCAAGUACAUCUGGAUCUCAUGGUGCAAGUACAUCUGAUCAGCAUCCACAGGAUCAUUCACCGCAUCCGCAUGUACCUCCAACAUAUUAUGGCCCUCAUACUGAACUGCCACUACAUGAUAUGAGUACACCAUGAUCGAUCGAUCAUCAUGCAUCUCAUUUACUUCAUCCGGUACCUCCAUCUCAUGCACAUAACGAAUAAAAAAUAUUUAAUUUGAAAAUAAUAAAAAAAUACAAAGUACGAGCUUCUUGUCUCUUACUCUAUCCUUUGUCUCUAAAACAAUUUUAAAAGUCCAAAACAAUGAUGUAA